AUCAAGGUUAACGUUUUAAAUUGAACUGACAACAAAGCUGAAUUGCAGUCGUCAGUUCAGUACCGACCAUUUUUGCUUCCCAAACAUAUCGCAUAUUCUUUUAAGAAUGUCAAAUCAAUAGCAGUAUGUUAUUCAUGAACUGGUAUAUACGCGCCUGUAUACGUAUGUACUUCGUGAACGGAACCAAAGACGAGGGAACAAAUGCCGAUAUGUCGUUGUCAUUAGGACAUUAGGAAAUAUUGUCAGUGUGGAAUAAUAAACAGACAUUGAAGUAGGGAUGGUAGGGACUUUGUGUUGCGGUAUUGUGAUAUACGGCAAUGGUGCAAGGAAGUAAUGCUGUUCUUUUCCAAGAUGCUGCUGUGAAAGUAACCGAUGUAAAAGUAUUAUCGGGAGAUGGCAUAAUUCCAAGUAUAAUCUCAUCUCUGCUAGAAUAAGCUAUUAUAGAUUACAGUGUCCACAUCUGAAUGGGCAGUAAACACGGUGCGAAGUGCGUGUGUAAAGAGCAGGGUCUUAAUUGGUUUUGUGAGUUCCCGUAACGAAUAGUAACAUAAUUUGAGGUUAAAGAUUUGGGUUUGUGGUGGCGAAACAAAUAUAACGGAGAAUAUGUGACUCAAAAAGUUUAAGAAAAAUAAUUAGUGAUUAACUGAUUUCGAUUCGUGUUGCUGAAACGAAAGAAUAUCAUGGAUAUAAAAGUUUUACACAAAAGCAGUACAUUCAGUUCUUUCACAAGUAGUGGCCAUAAAAUUGGCAGUUGGUUUGCUACCUUCGGUGAUCGGCGGAGGAAAAAUUCCAUGAAAGCGUCAAAAAGCCUUACUUUAGGUGUGGUGCAUGAAAAUCCACGGAUUGGUUCAGAUGGGGAGUCAGAGGAGGCGUCUGGAGCAUCUGAUGAGGUAACCUCACCUGUGAAACUCCGGCCAAAGAACAGGAGACUUAGUGAGCAAGACAUCAAUAAACGUUUGUCACUGCCAGCUGAUCUCCAUCUACCUGAGUCAUUUGUAGCAAAGCAGAAUGCAAGUCUUAAUAUUGAGGGACCAUUGAGUCGAGCCUCACGUCGACAGUCACUGUCAGAAAUAGGUUUUGGCCGUAUGGAAACCUAUACCAAAUUGGACAAACUUGGGCAGGGUACAUAUGCAACUGUGUUCAAAGGGAAAUCACGUCUGACAGAUAAUUUAGUAGCUUUAAAGGAAAUUCGGUUGGAGCAUGAGGAGGGAGCUCCAUGUACAGCCAUCCGAGAAGUAUCUUUGUUGAAGGAACUCAGGCAUGCUAAUAUUGUGACAUUACAUGACAUUGUGCAUACUGAGAAGUCCCUUACUCUUGUUUUUGAAUACUUGGAGAAAGAUUUAAAGCAGUAUAUGGAUGAUUGUGGUGCCAUCCUCAGUAUGAAUAAUGUUAAGCUGUUCCUGUUCCAACUUCUGCGUGGCCUCGCAUAUUGCCAUCGGCGCAGAAUAUUGCACAGAGAUUUAAAACCUCAAAACCUCUUGAUUAAUGAUAAAGGUGAACUAAAGCUUGCAGACUUUGGGUUGGCCAGAGCAAAGUCAGUUCCCACCAAAACAUAUUCAAAUGAAGUUGUAACACUUUGGUAUAGGCCACCCGAUGUCCUUCUUGGAUCUACAGAAUAUUCAACACAAAUCGACAUGUGGGGUGUUGGUUGCAUAUUUUAUGAAAUGGCCUGUGGACGUCCAUUGUUCCCGGGUUCAACAGUUGAGGAGGAGCUACGGCUAAUAUUCCGAGUGCUAGGCUCACCACCUGCAGAUGCCUGGGGUGGAUUAGCAGCAGCAUAUUCAUCCCCAAGGUGCUCACCUGAAUCCCUCGUGACAAGGGCGCCCCGCCUGGAUACUGAUGCCAUUGAAUUGCUGUCAAAGUUCCUGUGUUACGAAGCCAAAAAGCGGGUAUCUGCAGCAGAUGCUAUGAAGCAGCCCUAUUUCAGAUCCCUUGGGCCUGGUGUUCAUAAACUUCCUGAUGUAAUGUCCAUCUUCACAAUUCCUGGAAUUCAGCUGAGCAGAGAUCCUGGUUACCGAUCAUCAAACUUUCCAAAGUCUGGAGUGACUGGACGUUCACGGCGUCAAAGCAUGCUUUUAUGAAAUAUGGAGUGGCUGAGCAUUCAGCUGAUCUCCUUAGAGGUAGCCAUGGCUCGGUGAGACACCAUGGAUUCCAAGUCCAUCCAGCCCUGGCUCUGAUUCCGCCCGCCAACCAUUGUUUCCGUGGCAUUCUGUGAAGUGUGGGAUGCAAUGUACAAAAAGCUGGUUCCAUGUAAGCCAUGAUGUAAGAUUUUGAAACCAAAUGGUGUAGAAGAGGGAAACUAGCUUGAAUAUGCUAUCACUGGCAUUAUAGAAUAAAAACUGUUACUAAAUGAAAUGUUUUUGACGAUGUGCCACUAGAACUCUUAGUCUUAAAUGAAGAUUCUUUCUCACUGAAAUGUGAUGUGCUGUAUGUUAUGCUAUGUUAUGUUAUUAUGCAUUAUUUACAUUAGACAUAUGAUCUCCUUGUUGACUAAUGUUCACGUCUAGUCAAUAGACGAACUGGUAGCUCUGUACAUUAAGUGAAUGGUGGAUGGCAGGCGGGUAAUGGAAGAAGACAACCAGCAACCAUUGAAGAUUAAGUGGAAACAAGACUUAAUUAACAAUGAUCUUGGGCUGUGCAAAUAUUUUUUGUUUGUUUGUUUGUUUUGUUUUGUUUGAAACAAUAUGACUGUGAUGCAUCAAGUAUGUUCUUGACAUUUUAAAGUGAACUGGUAUGAUGGCAGUUGGAGUGAAAUUGUAAGUCAACAAUUAUAUCCCUCCUUGCAUAAACAUAAAUUGCAUUCAACUUUUUGUGAUGUAAUGACAUACCCUACAAAUGAUCCAACUUUUGGAAGUUUACCUGUCCAUUAUUUAAUAGCUUAAAGAGCCAACUUUGGCUUUUACUUUCUGGAUUAAACCUUGAUAUUACCUAGAUGUAGUUUUUUUUAUUAUUAUUUUUUUUUAUUUACCAUUUGGAAGGGCCCCAGCAGGCAUAUACAUUCCAGUACAUGUUGUGACAUGGGUGCAAGAGCAUUAUGGGUUUUCAUAUGCUGCAUGAUGUCAUUUUCAAAUGGUUAAAGCCCACAAAAAAGAUGAACAGGGAAACCUCAGUUUUACAUUUUUGAAGAGACCACCUAUAGUAACACAAAAUCUGUAAGAUAACAAAAUGCGUUGCUUUCUACUGUGACUUUGACAAGCCAUUUAAAUUAUGCAUGCUUGAGUCAUGCAGCAGGGGCUAAUUCCAGUUCCUUCAUUGGCUGAUGAUUACAGUUUAUAUGAUGUGCUCAGAAUUUGUAAUUUCAGUUAAUACAACAACACUUUCAAGAUUUUUACUGGUUAUCAGAGCAGAGAAGCAGCAUAAUUGUGAGAUAUGUAGAAUGAAACUUCCGUAGGAUGAAAUUGAAGGGCUCAAAUUUUGGGGCUGUGUAAUACUAGUGUUCUUUUGUGAGUGUUACAACUGUGACUUCCAUUUCACAAGUACUGUAAAUUUUGUUUUUAUUGAUAGGAUUAUAAAACUACAGAGGUUUUACUUUA